AUGCUUCAAAGGAACGCCAGCACCAUUGGCUUUAUUGGACUCGGCAAUAUGGGUGGGCACAUGGCCAGUAAUCUAAAUGUUUACGAUAUAUCCGAAAAGGCCUGCAGCGAUCUUAAGGCUCAAGGAGCAACAGUUUACUCCAAAACCCCCGAUCUCGCCAGGAACUCGGAAAUCGUCAUCACAAUGCUGCCAAAUAACUCUGUUGUGGAUGCUUCCUACAAGGAAAUGUUAGGAGAUGGUGUCAGCAAGGGCACAAUUUUCAUUGACUCUUCCACGAUUUCCCCGGAAUUAGUUAAAUCCCUGCAAAAGAGAAUUAGUUUCAAGGAAGGCAGAUUUUUAGAUGCUCCAGUUUCCGGUGGAGUUCCAGGAGCAGAGCAGGCAACACUUACUUUCAUGGUCGGUGGAGCUGAAAAGGACUUCAAGGAAGUUAAAGAUAUCCUGCAGUGUAUGGGAAAGCGAAUCAUCUAUUGCGGAAUCCAUGGAAUGGGACAGGCAGCUAAAUUGUGUAAUAAUAUGAUGUUGGCAAUAUCAAUGAUUGGAGUAUCAGAAACUAUGAAUCUUGCCGUUCGCCAAGGUCUAAAUCCCGAAAUAUUUGCCGAGAUCCUCAACUCUUCAACUGGACGCUGCUGGACCUCAGAGUUCUAUAAUCCAGUACCCGGAAUUACUGCCUCCACUCAAGCCAACAAGGUUCCCAUGGAUUUAAUCAACAAGGACCUGGAACUGGUUGCAAAUGUAGCCACCUCUUCAAACUCCCCCAUUCCCAUGGGCUUUCUGACCCACAAGAUCUACAGCUCCUUAAUUGCAGAAGGAUUUGGCGGCAGAGAUUUCUCAGAUGUCUACGCUUUAAUGAAAACAGAGAAAUUCCAUUAUUAG